GGAGCACUUCACACAACCAGCUUCCAGUGUGCUGGAGAGGACUUGUGGUACCAGCAGCCCAGCUGCUCUGGAGGUGACUGAGUUCUUGGCGCAGAAAAUCAGCGGUGGCAAGAUUCAUCAACAUGAGCACAGCAGGCAAAGUAUGCAAUGGUUAUUAAAUGCAAGGCAGCAGUGCUGUGGGAAGCCAAUAAACCAUUCAGUAUUGAAGAAGUGGAAGUUGCCCCACCAAAAGAACAUGAAGUUCGCAUGAAGGUCGUGGCCACUGGGAUCUGCCGCUCUGAUGACCAUGUGAUAACUGGUGCACUGGUUAUGCCUUUUCCAAUAAUUCUUGGGCAUGAAGCAGCCGGUGUUGUGGAGAGUGUUGGGCAGGGAGUGACUUCAGUCAAACCAGGAGACAAGGUUAUUCCACUCUUUAUUCCACAGUGUGGGGAGUGCAAGAGCUGCUUAAACACCAAGAGUAACCUGUGCAGUAAAACUGACCUUGGUACAAGAGCUGGAUUAAUGCCUGAUGGCACCAGCAGAUUCACCUGUAAAGGAAAAGCAAUUUACCAUUUUCUUGGUACAAGUACCUUCACUGAAUACACAGUAGUGCAUGAAUCUGCUGUGGCCAAAAUCGAUUCUGCUGCUCCUCUGGAAAAAGUUUGUCUAAUUGGCUGUGGAUUUUCAACUGGUUAUGGGGCUGCUCUGCAGACUGCCAAGGUGGAACCAGGCUCCACCUGUGCCAUCUUUGGCCUCGGAGGAGUUGGCCUCUCCGUCGUCAUGGGCUGCAAGGCAGCUGGAGCUUCCCGCAUCAUUGCCGUGGACAUCAACAACGACAAGUUCGCCAAGGCCAAGGAGCUGGGAGCCACCGACUGCAUCAACCCUAAAGAUUUCAAUAAGCCCAUCCAUGAAGUGUUGAUGGAAAUGUCCGGUGGGGGUGUGGACUACUCCUUUGAGGUCAUUGGCCGUACGGAUACCAUGACUGCAGCCUUGGCCUGUUGCCAGCAUAACUACGGAGUCAGUGUGAUUGUGGGAGUGCCCCCUGCAGCACAAAAGAUCACUUUUGAUCCCAUGCUCCUCUUCACUGGUCGCAGCUGGAAAGGCUCCGUCUUCGGAGGCUGGAAGAGUAAAGAUGCAGUUCCCAAACUGGUUGCUGACUACAUGAAGAAAAAGUUUGUUCUGGAUCCAUUAAUAACUCACAUACUACCUUUGACAAAGAUCAAUGAAGGAUUUGAUCUUUUAAGGACAGGAAAGAGCAUCCGCAGUGUCCUGACGUUUUAGGAUUGCCAGACAUUAAACAGCAGAUGGCUUAGCACCAGUAUGAACUUCACCAUCCUCCAAUACAACUUAUAUGAAAUGCAAACCAAGACUUUCCUGAAAGAUCUACCACUUCCCUUGAAUAAAAGGAUCAAGCUCAAAUCCCACACUUCAAGCACAGAAUUUAUAAAUGAAACCAUAUUUUUUUCUUCUACCUAUUGCUCCUCAUUCUUGUAUUGUGCUGCAAUUUUUUUUUUAGCCAGUUAUGAAUUACAGGACUUGCUCCUGUCACAGGUGUUACAAAAAGUUUGGAUUUUUAAAAAUUACUUAUAAUAUGCAAUCUUUUAAAAGGAAGGAAAUUGUUUCUUUGGGCUUCCAUAACACUGCAAGCUUAAGGAAUUCAUACAUGCAGUUCAACAAACUCUAGAUUAGAACUGUGUAUCCAUCCUGAUCGACUGUAUCAUUCCAAUGCCUAAUGAGCAAGGAAUAAUAUAGCAGAAAUUAAAAUUUAUGGUGAACAUGUGUUUGAAUUAAUAAUUUAAGUAAAUCAUAGGCUUAGGUACUGGAGAAUGUCUCACCACUCAGUAUUUUACCAGAUUAACACUCCCAAACAUUUUAUGUAAAACUGGUGUUUGGUUGUUCUGUGUUGUGGCUUUUAUUUGGUGUUUUGGGGUUUUUUUACCUUUAUGCCUCUUUCUUGGGGUUGUUUUAAUUGUUGAUCAUUGUGGUUUUAAACCUUUGGCCAAUUUAGACAAGUGCCUCUAAUGUUUGGGAAGCAGUGUGAAGAAAUACAAAUGUGCACCAAGUAUUGUUUUUUGUUUCCAUUAUACAAAGGGGAGGCUUCUGAUGUAUGAAUACAGAAUAAA